AUGGAUACCACCAUUGCCCUCGAUGCCGUAGGCCUCAUUUUGAAUGCAACGAGAUGCAUUUCGGCGAUCAUCUCGGCGUUCCAAGUUACUGAAAGCCGAAGUCGCAACAAUGAAAAAGUCGAUUUGAGCACUGUCACAGGGUUGAAACUCGCUCUAGCAGAGAAACAGAUGCUCUCGGGGAGUGAUUCCCGGCCUUUAGACAAUUCGAUUCCGCUACAGGAUAUAUCUUCCUCUCGAGAUGCUUGCAUCGCGCUUUUGGAGAACAUGGAGUCCAACUUACGACGGGCUUCCGAGAGUACAACAGCCGAGACAGACAUGCGGGACUCCGCGUACUACGAACGUGAAAUUGAUCGCCUCAACACUACGGUGACGCGCCAAGUCACUGGCUUACUCAACUCUCGUCUAUCCCAAUUAAGCCAAUCCUUGAAAGUACUGGAGACUCAGGGGCGGUAUGCUCGACCAGAACAGGAAUCCCAGGUUGACGUUAUGUCGAGUGACCUGGAAGAUCUGAGAUCGCAAACGAAUAGACAGCUCACGGAUUCAUAUGCAAGCUACUCGGAGGCCGAAGUCAAACAGUUGAAGGUCUUGCUCACAAGACUGACUAAGUCAGAGGAUGCCUUACUCGCCGACACAAUUGUAUCGAGUCUGAAUUACACCAGUCGACCUGCUCGUCUUGAUUCUAUCCCGCAGGCUCAUCAGGAUACAUUUCAGUGGGCAUUUGACUCUCGAUUAUCAGAUUGGUUUGUCUCCGGAAGUGGAACCUUUUGGGUCUCGGGCAAGCCCGGGUCUGGCAAGUCCACUUUCAUAAAGUUCAUUGCCAACCAUCCUCGGACGAGAGAGUUGCUGGAACGCUGGGCAGGCUCAUCCAGCUCACUAGCUAUUGCGUCACAUUGUUUCUGGAUCGCUGGUACGCCGAUCCAGAAAUCAUGGCAAGGGCUUCUCCAGUCUCUACUCUACGACUUACUACAUGGACACCCAGACGUUGUAUCCAUCGCCUCCCCUCAUCGAUGGGCGGCAGCCAAGGCCGGAAGAUGGCAGACCGCUGCUGAACCCUGGUCUGUGUUCGAGCUGGCUGCUGCGUUGCGAUCGUUAUCAACAGCUGAUCACGUCCCUCUGAAGAUAUGUUUCUUCAUUGACGGGCUUGAUGAGUACGACAGCAAUCAUGCUGAACUCUGCCAAGUUCUUCUUGACAUGGCUAAGUCUCCGCAUAUAAAGAUGUGCCUCUCCAGCCGUCGAUGGCCCGUCUUUGAGAGGAGCUUUGGCCAAGAGGACCAAGAAAGCCUUGAUAUUCAUGAGCUGACGAAGGACGAUAUUCGAAAGUUCGUGUAUGAUCAACUGAGGUCUGAUCCCCGCUGGAGUCUCGACACGUCUGCAAACGCUUCCUUGGAGCAGGCUGGACUCGUCGAUCGAAUCGUGGCUCAGGCCGAUGGUGUAUUUCUCUGGGCUUUCUUUGUUACGCGAUCUUUACGAGAGGGUCUUUCUAAUGGCGAGAGGUUGGAAGAUCUGGCGGCACGCUUCAGCCGACUACCCUCAGACUUGGAUCAUCUAUUCCAGCAUAUGUUGGACAGCGUGAAUCCUGCUGAUCAUCGUGUAAUGGCGGGUAUUCUUCUAGGCGCUAUUCAUGCACUGGAGCCGCUUCAUGUCGACAUUUACUGGCAAUUGGAAAGAGAACUAGAGGAUGUCAGGCCUCCUUCUGAAGAGACGAAAGCACUCAACCCCGACCAAAAUGUUGUGCUGCGGAGAGAAAAGUCCAGUCACAGCAUCAAUGAGAAGACAAAGGGACUACUCAAGCUUGUCAACAACCGGGUCGAGUUUCUUCACAGGACCGUAAAGGACUUCGUCUCAACAAAAGAUAUCGGCGGGUACCUCCAGGGAAAGCUUCCGGCUGGCUAUAAUGGCUUCAUAUCCAUUGCUGCUGCAUAUCUCGGGUUUCUUAGAGCCACACGCCAAGAUAAUUCGCUCGUCGCAGACAUUAUCAGGCAGGGGCGAGGGUUGAACAGCGGUCCAUUCGUUGCGCAUCUGAACCAAGCCCUGCUUUACGCGUCCGAAGCGUUGAAACAGACAGAGCAACCUGGUUCCAGCCAGAGUCGGCAGGUCGAAGAGCUCUUGGAUGAGUACGAGGCAUCCAUCGUGAACAUGGUCAGGCUCGGUCAGUUGACUAUUAGAGGGGUCAACUCUGGCGGGUACGAUCCGAGAAUCUUGUUUCGCGAAGAGCUCCUCCGACAUGAUCUGGCACCUUACCUGGCAAAGAAGAUUCGGCAGAUGCCAGAUUUCUUCGAUGUCUUCGAUGAGUCGCCUUUGUACGCAGCCCUGAUGCCCAUGUCUCGCAGCAGUGGCGAAAGUGCUGCGCCUGCAAUGGAAGUUCUCGAGAUCCUACUACGCCGUGGAGAGGAUCCAAACUCAACUCCGAGAGAACUGGGCAUUGUGAGCGAUCUUGAUGCACCUUCGCCAUGGGUUGCGUUCUCUCGCAGCACCAUGUCUGUCUUCAACAUGCUGUCAGGGCCGUGCAUGUUCCCUGCUAAACGAUGGAACGACUCCCUGAAGAAUGCCACCUUUAGCCGCUUGCUGUCUCACGGCGCGGACCCCAACAAACAUCUGCUGGACCGCCCAGGAGCACGCACUGUCUUCUCACACUUCUUGGAUAUUUCCUUGUCCAAGUUUCUCGGCGAAGAAUGCUUUGAAGACUAUCCAAGAACUCUCGAUGCAUUUCUACGAGCAGGCGCUAGUCUGGGUGUGCCCGAGCUGAGCAGGCAGGAUGGGUCAACGGCAGAGGCUGCGUUUGGGAACUUAGCGAGAAGACACCCAGAAGAGUCGAUUCUAGCGUCAUUCUGCAACGAGCUCAAGGGCCUCACGGCAAGAUUGGCAGCUGACCCGCCUAGAGCGACGUUUACCAUGUCAGUAUUGGAGAGGCUCAUACAGCACUGCCGCGGCAGAGAAGAAGACCUAAGCGAGCUGAAGUCGGCUAUACUUCAGGGCUGCCCCGCGCAUGUCAGUGAACCCCUAGUCCAGAUGAUCGCUUCUGAGAUGACUCGUCAUCCCGGACGAGGAUCUGAGCUGGAAAGAUUUCCAAAACGACUGAGGCGAUCAUAA